CCAGGAAUUAUGCUCUCCUGCUCAAUGUCGGGUGAGGACGCAUAAUAACGAUGAAGUAGUGGUUGAGUCACCUCUUGACGAGGACACAAAUCUUGAUCACAUGAUGAGGUGGUUAGAUCUGGUGCAUUCUUUGGCAAGUCGAAAGGUUCAAAAAAAGUCAGAAAGCUGGAGGGAUAUUUUUCCCAGUAACGCACCCCCAGCUUCAUUACCUCCUGUUGUUCUUGUCGGUACACAUGCAAAUGAUGUAACGAAUCCUCGGGAAAAGAUGGAUUUCGUGUUCAAAACCAUUUGCGACAAGGCUUCUCUCGCAACUGGAAAACACAUUUCACAAGAAUCGUUCUUCAUAGAUAAUUCAAAUCCAAACAGAGAGGACGACCCACAAAUCGUUUCAUUCCGUAAGGAAUUAUUGGAUUUGAGUGAAAGGAUGCCACAUAUCAACAAUGAAAUCCCUCUGCAGUGGCUCCGUAUUGAGGAAAAAAUCCACCAGAUGGUAACAGAUAGUCAGGUUCGGUAUGUGCGUAAAAAGAGUUUCAAAGAAGACAUUGCUGAAGGCAUUUGCCAGUUUAACAGCAUGGAUGACGUUGAAGAAUUGCUACACUUUUUGCAAGCCCGUGGAAGUGUUAUCUACCAAGACCUCCGUGAAAACCCAGAUGGUUUGGUCGUGCUCGAUCCACAGUGGUUAAUCCGAGUACUUAGUGAGAUAAUUAUGGUGAGUCCACCGUGGAAAAACGACCCCAGUAUUCAGAAAGAUUACAAAUUCCUUGAAAGAAGAGGGCUGCUUUCACAGCAGUUGCUAAAUCGAGCAUUUCAAAAUCUGAAAUUGGAAGAUAUCAUGGACCCGCUGAUCCACAUCAUGAAAAAGUUUGUUGUUAUUUGCGACUCUAAGAACUGCAAUGGGGAAGAGUACCCUUACUUUGUACCAUGUAUGCUGAGAUUACCAAUGAAGAAUACGAGAGGAACAAAAGUUCAAAAUGGUCCUUUACCAGUGUUUCUCAAAUCUGACACUAAGUACAUUCCAAGUGGGCUGUUUUGUAGAUUAGUUGUACUUUUUUGGGAUUGGACCUCAAAGUUAUAUCCCCACUGCAAAGCUCCUGCGUUUUAUGCAAACGCCGCCCGAUUUCAAGUCAGCAAGGAUUACCACCUCACAUUGAAGUGCUACAGAACUGUGAUCAAGUUGGCAAUUUGGACAACGUGUGACUCUGACAGAAAGGAAGAGCAAAGUCUUUGUGAAAAAUUAUUGAGUCACCUGGAACACUGCAGGUCUGAACUUAACGUCACCUGUCAUUGGCUACGGUCAGUUACGUGGGAAUUGUGUGUAAAAUGCCCUUUGUGUGAGCCUUGUCCGGAUGAGAGUCGCGUGGGUACUGGCAUUUGCAUAUGGCACGGACAGAACGACUGUCACCAUGAUGACUGUGGUCACUACCUUCUAUUAAGGAGCUUGGAUCGUGGCGCAAGUUGUGAAUAUUUUGUUGAUGAUGUUCCUUCUCUUUGCAGAAAAAUUGAAACCUUGGACUCAGGCUUUGGAAUCCUUUAAAUGCAAGGAAAGAAGUAAUCGAGUGCGCGGUUCAAUUACCAUAUCCUGGCAGCUGAACCUGGAAAGUGCGCAGCCUUUUUUUUUUUACGAUGUCACUCCACGAUCCCAUUAAAGAAUCGCCCCGUGAAGCGUUGGUUAACAGACACACUCAAAGAAAAAAUCGUAAGAAACGCCAACGAAAAACUCAUACUUUUCGACGUUUCUACGAUUAUGACCGAUGAAAUGGAAAUUUGAAAAAAAUCAGAAAGUGAAUGCUCAGCCAUUUUGAAACCUUCAACUACUAAUCGGGAGACUAGUCGACUUAUAUGGAGCCGAAGUCUUACCACCUAUCGUGGUGAACAUUAAACAAUUUAAAUGAUAAAAAAAAAAAAAAGUUUCGCCUUACUUUUUACCCCUCCAAUAUAUGGCGACCCCCUCUGGGAAAUAUGAUUCAACCCCCCAAGAAAUAUGUAGCCUGAUCCCCCUUCCCCUAAGAGGCCUUGGGCCUUCAAUAGGGGAGGUGGGGAUAUUAAAUGGAAUGGCCCAUUGUUUAAAUCUAGGCAAAUGUCUUGGAAAGUGCCGAAUGGUUUGUCCCCGUAUUUUCUCAUUUUCAGAAAUCCAUGAUCCACAGCUUCGAACAAACAACAAAGCUCUUUCACUUAUAUGCCUACCUUACACUUAUUUACAAAGUUGUAUAAGACAAGCGUGUCAUAAAAAGGAUAUAAGAGGAA